AUGUGUUUGCAGAUGAGCAUGGUGAAGACGUUUGAGGAGAUGACUGAAGCAGGCUCACUCGUAGAGUUCGAAGAGCAUAUGGGUCAGGCGAUGUUCGUGUCCCACCAAUGGCUCAGCAUGCAUCAUCCAGAUCCUGAAGGGGAGCAGCUAAGAACUCUACAGCAGGCGCUUAGAAACAUCAUGUCAGGCACCAGCCAGGUGGGCUUGCCGGUGACGACUGAGAUUUAUUUGGGUCGGUUGCAGUGUCCCACUGCCAACCAUUUCAAUCAGAGAGACUUGUUCAUAUGGUUGGACUAUUGCUGUUGCCCGCAGGGGGCCUCAGUUCUUGCAGCACGUGACCAGCAGGAGGCCAUCGAUAGCAUUCCUGUGUACGUGGCUCGGUGUCGCUUUUUCGUGAUCUUGUGUCCUGCCUUGAUGCACUCGGACCAAAACCUAACACUGAGCCAACAAACCUGGUGUCAGAGAGGGUGGUGUCGAACAGAACGUGUAGCGCUCGAGCUAGCCGAGAGAGAAGAUGGCUGGAUGGUUGUCAUUGAAAGCGCAACGCACCAAACACUGCCGCAGAAAGGGAGGGAAGCACCGCCAG